CACCGCCACUGGCUGGGUGUGACACAGGUAGAAAAGAGACAGUACUUCCUUCUGGAUCAUGUGAUCGUGAACUCAAACUCACAGAUCCCGUUCGGAUACUUGCUGUUCCCAAAGACAGAAAAGACUGGAUUCCGGGAUUCGAGAGAAAAGAUGGACUUCCUCGCCGAAAACAACACCUGCGGACAAACGCUCCUGCACAUCGUCUCGCAAGGCAAUGCCAUCCUGGCCGAACUGACGAGACUCUCGUCCAUGAUACCGCCUCAGCUGAGUCAUGACCGAUAUUCGGAAAUCGUUUUGGACUUCAGUUACUUCAAGGGUAUCGAAACAUUCGAAAAGAAACUCGACAAUGAUACGCGGCUCCAAGACAUGGACGAAGUUUUCAAAGAGACCCAUCUGAAUUUGUUAUCAAAAUUCUAUUUGGUCUUCGAGUGUGUGCAUCAGUUCACGGUGGAGUUGAAUCAUUUUCUCGCUGAGCUAGAGGAAGGAGUUUUCAUUCAGCAGAGCCUCGAGUCGGUUCUGAACAAUAUUGAUGGCAAGCAGCUUUUAGCCGAAGCUUUGUACAUUUGCGGAAUAAUGCUUCUGUAUAUUGACGAGAAAUUUGAAGGCUCCUUGCGGGAGAAGAUUCUCGUCCUUUACUACCGCUAUUCAGCGCAGCGAUCCAAUCUAGUCUCCAACGUUGACGACGUCUGCACACUUUUCCGAUCAACGGGGUACGUUGCGAGGAAAACGAGACCCCCAAGUUAUCCAGAGGAGUACUUCAAGCGGGUCGGGAUAAACUCCGAAUUCGUCUCUAUGCUGAUUGGUCGCCUCAGAUCGGACGACUUCUACAAUCAGCUUCCGCUGUAUCCGCAACCAAUCCACCGCAGCGUUGCGCUGGCCAAUCAAGCGGCGCUCAUUUAUGUCGCCUUGUUUUUCGAUUCGAAAAUUCUGCACCACGAAACGGCGGUGAUGCGAGAGGUCGUCGACAAAUAUUUCGCCGAUAAUUGGGUGAUCGCUACUUACAUGGGAAACGUGGUCAACCUCAUCGAUUCGUGGGAACCCUAUAAAGCGGCUAAAUCUGCCCUUCAAAACGUCCAAGAUACGAGAAGCGUGCAGAUUCGUUGCGAUGAAAUGCACGCCAAAGUUGAGAAACUCAUCCCUCAAGUGGAUGAUAUUCUCAAGGAAGGUGUCCUCACCGAAAGCAUGGUGCUCGAGAAACUACAGAAACUUUUCUCGUUCGCCCGGGACUGCAACUUCACGCUGCGGUGGUUGAUGUUGCACACUGCGAGAACGCCGGAAUUAUUUUCCAAGAGAGCCAAACAGAUGAGAGACAUAGUUUUACAAAAGCACAACCCUCAAGCUCUGUUUAGCCUGUUACUCCACACUGCCGAGUUCGAACACAAAUUCAAGGAAGUCCUGCAGCAACUACUCAAGCACAAACAAGACAAAUGGGAUUAUCUCAAGAAAGAAUGCACCGAGCGAUUACGCGAGCUGUCUGAAGCUUAUUCCGGAGAGAGACCUCUGUACAGAGUCGAAAAGAUCGAGCGCUUGCAGAAGUGGUUCGACGAUAUCUCCAAGCAGGUAGACUCGCUAUCGCAAGAAGAUCCGGUCGCCGUCGGAAGACGUAUUGUGCCGCUGAUCAACGCACUCGAUCAAGUUCAAGGGUUCCACCAAAUUGAAGGACAUGCUCAUAUCCGGCAAUGCGUGCAGGAAAGUCGUCAGCAGCUGCACAAAAUGCUGCGACUCCUCUCCAUCAAGACCGAGCUCCUGGCACAUCUGGACGUCAUCGCCGACGUAUCUUACGCAUGGCUCCUGGUCGAUGCGUACACGGCGCAGAUGCAAGGGGGUAUCAAGCGGAAUCCGAAAAUGGUCGUGAAAUUGAGAGCCACUUUUCUGAAACUCGCGACCGCUCUCGAUCUGCCCCUGCUUCGGAUCAUUCAAGCGUCGUCAAAAGAUAUGGAGGCCGUAUCUGCCUUCUACUCAAAUGAGCUCAUCGGCUACAUUCGGCGCGUUCUUCACAUAAUCCCGGAGACGAUGUUCACCCUACUCGCAAGAAUCAUCCAAUUACAAACGAACAACAUCAAACAGCUGCCAACCCGCCUGAUGAAAGAUCAACUCAAAGAAUAUGCGCAGUUGGAGGAGCGCGCGGAAGUCGCCAAGUUGACUCACGACAUCAGCGUUUUCACCGACGGGGUUCUGGAGAUGAAGACGACGCUCGUCGGCAUAGUGGAAAUCGAUCCACGGCAACUUCUCGAGGACGGUAUUCGUAAAGAGCUCGUCAAUCAACUCAGCCUUUCCUUGCAUGGCGGACUCAUCUUUUCGGCGAAACCGAAACCGGGCGAGAUGCUCGAGAAAUUAAGCAAACUAUCGCAGGUGGUCAGCGGCUAUCACAGGUCUUUCGAAUACGUUCAGGAUUAUAUCGGUAUAAGGGGACUCAAGAUGUUCCAGGAAGAGUUCUCUCGGAUCGUGAAUUACAACGUCGAACAAGAGUGCAAUGUGUACUUGAGGCAACAAAUUCAGGACUGGGAAUCGGAUUAUCAAUCGAAGAAAGUUCCCAUCCCCAAAUACGCACCAAUAGAUACAGCGGCAGCCAACUUUAUCGGAAGACUCGCGAACGAGUUGAUCCGAAUGACCGAUCCCGCAGUCACAGUUUACGUCGACUCACUCUUCACGUGGUAUGAUAGGGUUCUACACACAAAGGUAUUGAUUUUAUCCGACUUCGCAACAAUGCUGAAAGCUUUAGGGGCGGUGGGAAUGGUAGGUUUGGAUCGUUUACUGUCUUUCCGAAUGCGAAAGAGCCUCUUAGAUAUCUCCAAUACUCUGAUCCAUACCAUAGACGAUCAGGUAUGGUCCCACAGUCUGAGCGUCUUGACGGGAAGCCUGAAGAAAACAACCGUGGACGGGCAUGUCAAGCUUAUGACACCUCUCGUCACUAAGGUAACGAAGCUCUUUCCCAGCCUCGCGCAAGCCCUAAUGAAAAUCGGACAGUUGGUCCUCCUGAGACGUCACAUCAGCCACGAGCUGAAGAAGAACUCAAAAUUCAAUGGGAAAAACCUCGCUGCCGCCCUUCGAGCGUUGAACGAUGCGACGCUUCUACGCAUGCCGGAGAGGACGACUCAAGUCGAGAACGAUUACCUCGAGCGGCUCUCUAGUCACUUGAGAUUCUGUGGCAUCUACGAUCCUUUGAAACAAAUCUAUGUGCAGAAUCCUUCGUCUCCCAAUCUGCCAAUGUUCCUCGCUCUGUCCGUAAUUUCCAACAUUUCAAAGUUCACCUAUUCCCGUUCAGUGGGCUGUUUGGUGGCGAAGAGCAAACAAAUCGUCGACUGCGUGCCAUUUACUUACGGGGUGUUCGUGCUUCUGACGCAAUUCCAUACGGAUUAUACCGAAGAUUUCGUCAAAGUCCUUUGUACGUACGUCAAGUCAGCCUGCCUACCGGUUGCAGUAUCUGGGAAAGUCGACCCGGACCUCGCCAAUUUGCUGACGUUCUUGGACUUCGCGAGCGUCGAACUGGAAUGUGUUGAUAGAGAAACACUCCUGAAAAACCUGCCCGAAUUCAUACUCACUCAAUACAAAGACUUGUUGACCCUGGGGCCCGAGAAGUGAAAAUAAGAUUUUACGUUUCAAAGUUUAUGAUCGGCCGGCGCACGAGACAGCAGUGUGUCGAGUUUUAAAAGUUUCUUAAUCGCUAAUCCGGAUUUUGUGAGGUCGAUGGGGGGCUUCGAGAUUCGGGGUGAAAUCACGCUGUCGUUGUUUAUUGUUGAAAACUUGAAUGCAAUAAAAUCAAGUAAGUUAUUGAAAAA